UAUCUCUGCUGUCAACAAUCGAAAGGGACAUGAAAUUGUAUGUAAAUGUGGAUAAAGAUUUCGAUUUGAAAGUUCUUGAUUUAUGAAACGAUCCCAUCUCCGAUUUUUUUUUUCUUGUUUUGAAAAUAAAAAAUAAAAUGAAAAUUGAUAAGGCUAUUAGAUAUGCAGAUAGCAGCAGGAGAAGGUACUUAGCCGAAGAAAUAGACAAACUCGGAAAAAACAACAUCUCCGCCGACAUUUUCACGUUCCACGAGCUGUCUAAUGCCACGCAGGACUUCAACACUGAUAAUUUGAUCGGCGAAGGCGGAUUUGGGAGGGUCUACAAAGGCCACCUCGAAAGAAAAGACAUUGAAGUUGCGGUCAAACAGCUCGACAGAAACGGUUUCCAAGGAAAUAAAGAAUUUCUAGUGGAAGUUCUAAUGUUGAGCCUUCUUCACCAUACGAAUCUCGUUAGUCUAGUAGGGUACUGCGCCGAGGGAGAUCAAAGAAUUUUAGUCUACGAGUACAUGGCAAACGGCUCCUUGGAAAAUCAUCUCCUAAAUUUGGCCCCCGAUAAAAAGCCUCUCGAUUGGGAAACGAGGAUGAGAAUCGCUCAAGGUGCGGCGAAGGGGCUCGAAUACCUGCACGAAACGGCUAACCCUCCGGUUAUUUAUCGGGAUUUUAAGGCGUCCAACAUACUUUUAGACGGGGAAUUCAACCCGAAACUUUCCGAUUUCGGGCUUGCUAAAAUAAGCCCGGCCGGUGGAAAGCCCUACGUUUCCACGAGGGUGAUGGGGACCUACGGCUAUUGUGCACCGGAGUACGCGUCCACCGGCCAGCUCACCACGAAAUCCGAUGUUUAUAGCUUUGGAGUUGUCUUCUUGGAGAUGAUCACCGGUAGAAGAGUUGUCGAUAAUUCGAAACCGAGCGAAGAACAAAACUUACUCGAUUGGGCACGGCCAUUAUUUAAAGACAAGAAGAAGUUUCAUCUAAUGGCGGAUCCGUUGCUAAACGGGAACUACCCGGAAAAGGGACUAAACCAAGCUCUUGCGAUAGCGGCAAUGUGUCUACAAGAAGAUGCGACUACUCGGCCUUUGAUUACCGACGUUGUUUCUGCCUUGGAAUUUUUAUUCGUCGCUAAAGGGCAAGAAGAGGCUGAUCAAGAUGAUGAUGAUGCUGAUCAUGAUAAACAACAAUAGAUCUACUACACAAGGUUGUAUUAUUAAAUGUAAAAUCAUAUAGUAUUAAGACAAUUUUGAUUGAUAUUCAUACGACGGUUUGGCGAACAUAGCGAUUAUUAUUUAGACUCGAUUUUGUAACGUUAUUUUUUUAAUUCAAAUUAUGUUAGGGGAGUGAGGGAGCAUGGUUUGAUUGAUUUGCUUUAAGUCGAGUCCCAGAAAAUAUAUUUGUUGAUUGAUUUGGAAUUAUUUGCAAAUUCUGUUUCUAUUGUUUAUGAUU